AGGAGUUAGUCUCAUAUGAACGCAGGCAUAUGUCCGCCUGCUGGAAAACUCACAGUUUUCCCUCUAGCAGCGAGAGGUGGUGAGAAGAGGACAGGGAACUCCGCCUGCCCACACACAUCUUAACCCCCAGCCAGUUGCCACGCAACUCAAACUCCAAAUCAAAAGGAAUUACCUCAACCACCACUGGUCUUUCACAGUUGCAUUAUUAGCACAAGGAUGUGGCUGACUCUUCUUUACAGUUGCACCGGUGGAGCAGCUCUCCUGUAUGCUCUAUACAGAUGGGUGAUCCCUGCUGUAGUACAGUAUCAUGGAGGAUUGGCCCUGUUCUGGCAUGAUGUCCUUGUGGAGCGGAUGCUGGACACUGUGACCCAGUCCACACGUCCUCAGCGUCUCCUGGGUGCAGUACAGAAGAACGCCACUAGAGGGGACCCUCGCAGCGUGGUCAAAGCCAUCGAUGACUUCUGCAGAAACAAGGAGUGGGCCAUGAAUGUGGGGGAUGAGAAAGGCUGCAUUCUUGAUUCUGUGGUGUCUGAGCUGAACCCAGACACUGUGCUGGAGCUGGGAACCUACUGUGGAUACUCCACAGUGCGGAUCGCAAGCCUGCUCCCCCCGCGCGCCAAACUCAUCACUCUUGAAUUUAACCCGGACUUUGCUCUAAUUGCUCGUCAAGUCAUCGCUUGGGCAGGAUUAGAGGACAAGGUCCAGUUAGUUGAAGGAGCAUCUGGUGACUGGAUCCCCAAAAUGAAGGAGCAGUUUGGAGUGAAAACAUUUGAUCUGGUUUUCCUGGAUCACUGGAAGGAUCGUUACCUUCCUGACGCAAAACUAAUAGAGGAGUGCAGCCUCCUCAGGAAAGGCAGCAUCCUGCUGGCAGACAACGUCAUCUGUCCUGGAACUCCUGACUACCUGGAAUAUGUCCGGAACAGUCCGAAAUACAAGAGCCAGUACUUCAAAUCUCACCUGGAGUACACUAAAGUGGAGGACGGCUUGGAGAAAUCUGUCUUCUUAGGGUAGUUUUUAACAAAAAAGUGUUUUACACAGGUACUAAUACACCUCAGACCUCUGCUGAGGAUAAAUCAGAUUUUCUAAUUUGUCAUAGAGUCUAUUCAUUUAAAAUUAAAAGGAACUAAACCAAAAGUAACAA